ACGAUCCGGCCCGUCAGCAAUCUCCCAACUCAUCUCUGCAACUGAAUUAAAUUGAAUUAAAUAAACUGGAUGUGGUACUGUGCUCAAAUCACUUGACCGAAAUCCAACAUACGAUAGAAGAUGAAGAGAUAAACUGGAUAAAUAAAUGUUACAUGUGCUGGCAGUGAUGCUGGAGCUGGUAUAUGAAAAUAAAACAUGAUGAAUUUUUGAAGUAUGGUUUGUUCGUUAAAGUUAGCAAAGACAAAAAAUUAUUAUGAGAAUGAUUUUCCAUCGAAAACAACUAUAAAGUACAUCUGAAUGAAACUAAAAAAUGUUCAGCAUAUUUCGCAUUUUACCAAUAUGAGAUAAUGUGAUUAACAAAUAAGAUAACAAUAACGAAUGAGUUGCGUGUCCCUGAAAAUUGCAAAAAAUUAAGACGAGAAUUUGCACUGUGUCAUAAUGGAAGAAAUUCCUUCAGGUAAUGAUGCAGUUUCCACACAAAAGUCAUUAUUGCCUUUUCAUGAUCCUGGAUGGAACGACCCACCAAAGUGGGCUUACUCUUCGCCGCAAAGUCAAUGCGCGACUCCAGGCAAAAGAGUCCUAAACAAAAGGGUAGCGUUUCCUCUAAAUUCAGCAGUUCCUCAAUCGAACAUUGACCCACUUCAACCACUGUCAACAUCCGUAACCAAUAUACCAGUACCUCCGCAACCUUCUAUACCUUGUGCUCCACCUCCGACUCCUUCUGGCCUAUCCACGGAAGGCAUGAGUUUAAAUGUGGCAGUAACUAAGGAACAAGCACUAAAGGAUACCAUGGGAAAUCUGGAAUGUGUGAUAAAACAAUGUGAAGAUUUAAAGGGCAAAACUGAGGAAGUUAGAAAAAGGUUAGACAUCAUGAGAAAUUUGUGGAUGGAAGACAAACUGACUGAAACCAUACAUAAAAAUGUUUUGGAAAUAUCCGAAGCUCUUAGGUGUAAUGAUUGCGACCGUGCUGAUAAACUCCACGUUUCGAUGGUGAUGGAACACGCUGCUCUAUGUAGUUCUUGGGUACCUGGCAUUAGAUAUUUAAUCCAAGAAGCAAAAAAGAACUAUGACAGAACGGAAACUACAGAUGUCGAUAAACCUCACCCAUACCUUUUACCGACGACAGACACAGAAUUAACAUAAUAGCUUUUUCAUACCCGAAAACAGCAUCUAGUAAUUUUAAUCGAAAGCUUUUAUAACAUACUCCGGCACGUAUAAUUAUAUACAAUGGAUAACAUUAAAAUAAGGGGAAAUCUUUUAACCCUCCGAUUUCACAUAAGUAUCAAAAACAUUUAAUGUUUACGAUCAAGUAUAUAUACAACGUACUAACUAGAACAUAUAUUAAUCUUUAUACAGGUUGUAAAAUAUCCUUGUCAGCACUUCUUACAGUUGGGAAUAAAAAUUGUUUAUUAAGUGUUCAACA